AUGAGAGGUGACUUGUCUGACAUCACCCAGCAGGCGAGGGCAGAGCUGGGAACAGGACCCAGGAGUCCCUACUGCCAGACCCGCUCACUAACCCCAUUGCUUCCUUUACAGGCGAAUCCUUUCGCUGCUGGCACUUUGCCCCUGCGGGUGGAAGCCGGCACGAUGGCCACGGCCAGCAGCUGGGCGUGGAAGCCCAUCGCACGGGACGCCCUGCUUGCACGCGCCUACCACUCAUGCGACGUGGUGCGAGGGAAGCUGCUGCUCUUCGGGGGGCUGAAAUUGGGCAAGCCCAAGGAGCCCCCACUGGGGGACUUGGUGGCCUUUGACCCCACCCUGCUGACGGCUGAGACAGUGGGCCCCGACGGCGGGUACCAGCGCAGCCACCACGACACGGCGGUGCUGGCCGACCACUGGCUGUGCGUGGUGGGGGGCUGGGACGGCGCCCACAGGGUCUCGGCCGUGUGCUGCUGGGACACCGAGCGGGGACAGUGGGAGCGCUGGGCCGAGGGGCCCUCCAACGACCCCCCCGUGGGGCUCAGCAGCCACACCUGUACCAAGGUGUCGGAGCAUGAGUUGCGGGUGGUGGGCAGGGAGGGCGGGCUUCGCACCCAGCGGCGCUUCGCCAGCAUCUACACCCUGCGCGUCAACCCCGCCACCAAGACCUACUGGUACAAGGAGGAGGAAUCGCGGACAGCCUCUCGGGCCGGACACUCGGCCAUGCUGCUCCGUGACGCAGGUGGCUACCAGCUGGUGGUGUUCGGGGGCCGUGACUCCUCCGACUGCGAGGUGGCCGGGCGCUGGGACAAGGGGAAAAUCCACGUAGAGUCCAUCCAUGCCCCCAAGCUGACAGAGCAGCUCUCCCGUCUGGUUGGCUCCGAGAAUGGCUCACGGCAGGCUCCGAAAGGCCUGAGGCACCAAUCCUGCACGGUGGUGGGUCCCUUUGCGGUGGCUUUUGGUGGGGAGACCCUAACGAAGGGGCGAGACACCGUCUGUAAUGAUCUCUAUGUCUACGAUACAAGAUGCUCGCCACCGAGCUGGUUCCGCUUCCCCUGCUCAGAUCGGGGCCAGAAGAGAGUCGGGCACCGCACGUGCCUUUGGAACGACAAGCUCUAUCUUGUGGGGGGCUUUGGCCCAGAUGGGAAGACCCCCUGCCCUGAGAUCUGUGUCUUAGAGAUCCCCUAG